AUGCCACCGGUCACCGGGGUGGAGGGGGAGGAGGAGGAGGGGCCGGGGGUGGAGUCUGGGGACGGGGAGGCGGAGCCGGACAGUUACUGGAAGAGGAAGGAGGCAUUCACCAGAGGAAGCACCGUGUCACUAGCCGUGGGAGAGAGGUUCUCCUCAGACGUGGUGCUGGUGUUCAGCGGUCGGCGGUGCUCAGGUGUAAUACCUGACUCUGAACUACAGGAGGCGCUCCGUACUAGACUCAGGGUCGUCGAGAGCAACAGUCAGGACGUCAUCCAGCUCUUCAAGGACCUGUCUGCCCGUCUGCUGUCUGUCCACGCUGAGAAGGACAGCUUUGUCAUCACCUUCAAGACUGUAGAGGAGAUCUGGAAGUUCUCUACCUACCUGGCUCUAGGCUAUGUGGCGCGGUGCCUGGAGAAUUUCCUGUGUGACCAGUCAUUGUGGCUGGACACUGAGCUGCUGAGGGACCUGGAGAUCACUGUGACUGUAGAUGAGGAACACCUGGCCACACUCUACCUGGGACUGCUGCUGCAGGAGGGUUCGUUCUUUGCCAAGGCGCUGGUGAGCAGUGGCGAGCAUAGUGAGGAGGAGGAGGAGUUGUGUUUCAGACGUAACGACUUGCUGAUGGUUAGAGACACGGGGCAGGACAGUCACUGGGAGGGCACCCUUCUCUCCACCGGGCAACACGGACUAGUGCCUGUCAACACCAUGCAGCCGCUGCCAUACCCCUUCUACCAGUGGUUCCUGAGGAAGUACCCUGACUGUGCCGGAUGCUCCCCUUCAGAGAGAGGACAGUUUGACCACCAUAUUGUAACUGGUUCCUGUGAGGCUGUAGUUGACCAUAACCCAGUAGGUUGUGAUGAGCUCCAGCUGAGUAGAGGUGACCUGAUUGAGAUACAGGGGAUGCUACUUCGUGGUCUGGACCUGUUCAUAGGAACACACUGCUCUACAGGACACACCGGAUUCGUACACAAGGCUCACGUCAAGCCACUCAACGCCAAACCACUAGACAGACAACUGGUGUUUCUGAGUGAGGAGGAGCGUGCGUCUCUGUCCCAGGUUAACCCCUGCAGUACUGAACCCAGAGACAACGGCCUGCUAGAGAGACUCUUCUCCUCUGACAUCAGUACUGUCUACAGACUAGAUAGACUGGAUCAGUCUGACUUUACGUACAUCAGAAACCAACCAAAACAAGAGCAUAAGCCCCACGCCAGCUCCCGGCAGUCCAUCAUCUCAGAGAAGAGUGACGCUACGCCCCCCUACCACUCCUCCCCCCGCCCCUCCCUCUCUCACUCCUCGCCCCGCCCCUCCUUCUACGCUUCACAGAAUGCUUUGGGGCGUGGCGGUGACGGGGAGUUGCUGUCCUUCAGUCUGGACGACACCUUCAGAGAGAUGAACGAGUUCCAGGAAGACCCGGCCCUUUUCCUGGAGGAGGGGAGCUGGGAGGGGGAGGAGUCGGAGGUCUGUGACCCCACCCUGACUCUGCUCAACGUGCAUCACUUCCAGGAGGACUUUCUGCCCCUGUAUGACCUCCACCACUCCUUCCUGUGGCUGACGUUCUCAGGACAGAGUGAGGAGGAGUUACUGGGCCACCUGGAGAUUGUCAGGGAGGGGGCCAAGAGAACGGGCAUGGCCUGGGCACACCGACGGGCAUGCUUCCUACUGGGGAGGCUCUGCGCCAAGAAGCUCAAGUACUCCCAGGCCCGUGUGUAUUAUGAGGAAGCCCUUGGCGUCUCUGUCGUCGGUUUCUCUGACCUCCCUCUCCUCAUCGCCCUGUACACCAACCUCACAGCUGUCUAUCUCAAACAGAAGAUGGCCGACAAGCUGCCCCCGAUCCUGGAGAAGGCCAGUGCUCUGCUCCUCUGCCUCCCCAGCCACACCUUCACCUCCCUGGAUGAGUUUGAGCUGCUGAAGCUGGUGCUGCGGAGGUCUGUGGUGGAGGGGGACAAACACCUGGAGGCACGGGCCUGCUACCUCACUGCCAGCCUCUUCCUCCUACUUAGAAAGAUAGAUGACUCCUUGCCCUUCGUGGAGCGUCUCCAGUUCCUCACCGUUACACUGUCUGCUGAGGAGGGACGCCCCAUCGCCCCCCUGGACCUCAACUGGCUCCUGUCCCGGCUCUACCACCGUAAAUACAUGCCCUACCUGGCCCUGGCAUCACUCAGCCUGGACUCUGGACAGGACCACUCACUACAGGACGCCUUCCACAGGAUAGAACUGUUCAGCAGGAACUCGGUGCGUCUGAAUCCGCGAUGGAAAGAGGGGACGUCUCUUCUCCCAGCCCAGAUCGUGGUGUACCUGCAGCAGGCUCUGGCCAUUGCGGAGCGGGGUGAGGACCUUAAGACCCAGAGAGACCUGUGUCUGGGCCUGGCCUGUGUGUACCAGCAACACGGGGCCCUGGAGAAGGCCCUGCCCUGUGCCCAGCAGGCUGUACAGACUGGGGGUGGUAUCAACGAGGAGGAGGGGUUCGAGGCUUCAGUACUGCUGGGAUGGUUGUUAGUCCUGACGGGACAGCCUGAGAGGGCACAUAACACCCUGCAGCCACUACUACAGUCUCUACAGGGAACCGACAGCCCGACCCAGAGGGGAGUGGUCCACAACCUGCUGGCUCUGUGUCUGCGGCGGCAGGGUCGAGUCCCCGAGGCCGGCAGCCACCUCCACCACGCCCUCACCAUCUCCAGGGAGAGUGGCAACCAGAGGAACCAGGCCCUGGCCCUCGCCAACCUGGGCUGCCUGGCACUGGGCGUGGGGGCACCCACACUGGCAGAACGAUUCCUGUUCAGGUCCCUGUGGUUGUUCCUGGAGAUCUGGGAGAGUCCCGUUGACGAGGAGCACGUCCAGACCUACCUAUGGCUGGGGCGGAGCUACAAGGACAGGGGGAGGAGCCAGGACGUCAGGCUGUGUUAUGAGAUGGGCCUCCUCAUCUCCCUCCACACCAGGAACCUCCACAGUCAGAUGGUGGUGGCUAAAGUCCUGAGUCGUCACUAUGGUGACGUGCUGCUGUAUGGGCAGAGUAUCCUCUACUAUGAGCACUGUGUGUCUGUGUCCAGGGACCUGAAGGACAAGAGACUAGAGGGAGAAUAUCUAGAGAUCCUCAGCAGCCUCUACCUCUCCCUCAAUACUGAAAAAUCAUCAAGGAAGUCUCUUGACUACAGUAAGCAGAGUCUGCGUAUCUCCAUCGACCUGGGGAAGAGAGAGGAAGAGUCAGAGACCUGGCUUCAGGUGGGACGCAUCUACUACCUCAUCCAUGAAGACGAACUGGCUGACAUGUACCUACAGGCGGCGGUGAAAACAGCCCUGAGGAUGAAUGACCCUCGCUUCGCCAUGAGUAUCUACGAGGAGGCAGGAGACGUCUUCUUCAAAGGCCACAGGAACAGGCUGGCAUCACUGCCCUUCUACAGGGACGGCAGUCUCCCGUUUGCUCGGAGCAUCCGUGACGUCGACUCAGAGUUCAGAAUGCUGAGUAAACUGACUGAACUACUGAUGACCCAGGAAGAACACGAAGAGGCUCUACAGUACGCCAUUCUGGCUGUACAGAUCAGUACCAAGACAGGUGUGGUUGCGAACGAGCGGGCAGCGUACCACCGUCUGGCUACAGUGUACUACAGUCUGGAGCAGUAUGAGAUGACAGAGAACUACUACCUCAAGUCUCUGUCUCUCAGCCCUGCUGUACUGCAGCACCCCCUGGAGGCUAGAUACUACACCAAGCUGUACUGCCGGCUGGGGGACAUGACGCUGCACAAACUGAAGGAUGCCUAUGACUCGGUGUGCUACUUCCAGCUGGCUCUGGCUGCUGCCCUGGAGGACCGUGCCAACCCACAGGCACUGUAUGUGGUCUACAUGAAGCUGGCAGAGAUCCAUGCCAACCACAUGCCAGACCCACUGCUCUGCCAGGCUUACAGGGACAGGGCACAGAGCCUGAGGAGGGAACUCUCUGGGCUGGGAGAGAUGGAGGGGAGGGGAGGAGAGACCGAGACGGAAGAAAGAGGAGGAGAGAUGGAGGGGAGAGGAGGAGAGACAGAAGAGAGAGGAGGAGUAACAUGUGAUACAGACCUGGAGACGAGAAACACAGACAUGGAGGAGACCGAGACAGAGACUGGAUGGAGUGAGUCUACAGGUACAAUCCCCAAAGAGGCUAUUGACAUGGACAGUGCAUGGAGCCUGAGGUUGGAGCCUGCUGGGCUACGGGACAUGGAGGAGAGAGACACAGAGUGUCAACACACAGGACUGGGAGACAUGGAGAAGGGAGAGACAGAGGGACACCAGUGUAAAGGACGUCACGCUGCUUGCUUAGCGAGUACCACUUCCUCCCGAUUCGGCCCAUACCUGGCGCAAACUCGGGACCUCUGCCUCGCAAACACACGUGACCGUCCACCCUGA